AUGACGGGCCGUGGUAAAUCCGGUAAAAGCCGUAGCAAAGCAAAAAGUCGCUCUUCUCGAGCUGGUCUUCAGUUUCCAGUUGGCCGAGUUCAUCGUCUUCUUCGCAAGGGGAAUUACGCUCCGCGCAUCGGUUCAGGAGCUCCGGUUUAUCUAGCCGCAGUUCUUGAGUACUUGUCCGCUGAAAUCCUUGAGCUCGCUGGCAACGCUGCUCGGGACAACAAGAAGACCAGAAUUAUCCCACGUCAUCUUCAACUUGCUGUGAGAAACGAUGAAGAGCUGAACAAGUUGCUCGCCGGUGUCACCAUCGCUCAGGGUGGCGUUCUUCCCAACAUCCAAGCUGUUCUCCUGCCAAAGAAAUCAGAGAAGAAAAGCAAACAGUAAAACAAGUUAAAAAGUUCAAACAAAACGGCUCUUUUAAGAGCCACCAAAAUCACAAAAGCGAUGACUAAUGAAAUAAAUUUUUGCGUUUUAAACUAACACAUGUUUCCUGAAAACUGGUGAUAAGCUUAGUUUCUAUCAAUAUCCUGAGGUAUCCUUUCCCUCGAAGGAAUCUUCUUUUCUCACAAAAUGUGUAGACGCUAGAGAAGGUUUCAAGGCAAUGCCUCUGAUCAGAAGCGUUCGAUCGUGGCAAGCAGCGAAUUUUAUAGCCGAAUUUGCUGAAAGUCAUCUCUUCAAAAGGGUAGUCAGUCAAUAGACUAUAAGGAAGAGUUCAAAUCUGGUGCCCGAGCACGGACAAGUAAACAGACCCUACCUUGUACUCGGGCACUAAAGUGGGUACAGGGUCCCUGUAUGCACACUAUUUUUGUUAGUUACGGGGCAACCGCAAUCCACCGCUUUGUAAUCCCUGCUACGCCCACGUUUCUUUGAAAAUGGCGUCUGACAGGGCGAAAGCGACUACAAAGUAACGGGUGUCGUAACGGGUACUCAAGGUGUGUGAACACAACAUUGCCCGGCCACUAGUUCUCGGACACCAAGUGUGGUCAGCUCAAAUAAUCAGCCCGAACAGUAACUUGGGUGGUGGCUUACAAUAAUCAUUACAAUUAAUUCGUAAUGCUAUGAAACUCUUAUAAUUGGGCUUCGAGGAGUCUAUUGUGAGCCUGGGCACCCUGCGAUGUUUGCAAAGUUAUUUUUCUCCCCGCGAUCUUUUCUUCUCCCGCAAAACAUAAUGAUUACAGGUAUACAUUUCUAUGGAUUAUUUCUUUUUGUUUUUUAGUUAAAUAUACCACGGAAUGAACGGGAAUAUGAUGGAAAGCCACUUUCUCAGAUGUUUAUGGCAUCUUUAGCAGAUGUUGGCUGGAUAACGGAAGAUGGCGACUUAUCGUCUGAAAUUGUCAUAGACGAGGAGGAAUAUUACGAAAUCACGAGCCCAGAAAAGGAAUUGCAACAACUGCCACUACCCAACCAAUCAGGUGACGUGAAAAAGGAAAAUAUACCAGAGGAGGCCAUGCAAAAGAUUUCGGCUUUGGAGGAUGAGUUACAGAAACUUCGAGCUCAAAUUGCAGUGAUGGUUGUUGCUGUUCCCACAAAUCAAAUGUCUACUCCGUCAACUCCAAUGGGGGCAGGAGCUCCCCCUCCCCCUCCCCCACCGCCACCCCCUCCACCAACGCCUAUGUCGACACCGCUGAAGCCAGUCUCACAGAUCAUUAAAGAGGUUUGAGUACAAAAUGAGCAAACUGCGAUUUUAAAAAAGCCUGUGAAUUCAGAGAUCUCUUAGUCUAAUGGCUGUAUGUAACAACGGUUUCAGUAGAAAUUAUAGUUACAAUUUUAGAUAAAAUUGUAGUUAAGUACAUACCAAAUUAAUAUGAAUCUAUACGAACCCUUGUUAGCUGCGUGAGUAAUUAAAAGAAGCGGAGUACAUACUAGACCCUGUAUCACGAAACAGACUUCACUACACUCUAGCUUACAGUUUCCUUAGACUUGCAAAUAGCCUGCGUAACUGGCGUUUAAUUUUUUUUAAAUUUUUUUUUUAGCCCCGCGAAAGUUUCAGUUAGAAAGCUUAACCGAGGUCGAAACAGAAAAAGAUGGGGGGUGGGGUGAGGGGAAAAAGCAGCGACUGCUGUCUCCCCUGGCUCCCUCCCACAUAGUUUUCUUUUUCGUCCUCUCUUCACGACCUCUAAGCGGGGGUUCUAAGCGAACGAAGCGACUGACCCUCACGCAAAAAUACUUGUGCCGACAGUUUACAUGCGGAAAAAGCGCCAAAAAAAUUACUUAUUUACUUAUUUACCAACAACAGAACAGAGCAAGACGAUUGUCACUUGCACCAGGAUCUUUAAUAGGACCAGAACAGUCCACUGGACCCAGUUUACCAAAUAUGGCAGAUGUUCUCAAGGGACUGGGAAAGGUGAAACUUCGGUCUGUUGAGAGGUAUGUGCAAGAAAGCUCUAUCGGAGGGAGAAGUCUUGAAAGGUUUCGUACACUUUAGAUUUGCUUUUAAAAUCAUUAGUCAAGGUCAGGCGUCAACUUAACUUUAAUCUUCUUUUGUAACAAAUUAAAUUUACCCACAAACUGUUGUAAAAGCAACGCCUUUUUAUUUUGAGGGUAACUAGGAACAAGCAAAGUCGUUUUAGAAACGAGGGAAGGUCCAACUUGAUCAUUAAUCAAAUAGAAGCCAAUACAGUUCUCAAAUUGAAGUCUAAUUUGAAAUGAAGAAAAAGACAAACACAAUUCUUAGUGUUUUCCAACGCAUCCUUCGUUGAUUACGCAGUUGCGUAGGCAAAAAUCUAUAAAUCAAGUCGAAGCAAUUAAAGAACAUUUCAAAAGAAAACUUUAGAAACCUACACAGUAUUCAAGGACUGCAGUAAAAAGCUGUAGCCAGUAAGCUUACUAUAGUAUUUAUUUCAGAUCACCAGGCGGAACACCCGUAAGGAAACCUCCUAUCACUGCAGAUGCUACUGAUCCUGCCUCAAUCAUAGCACAGGCUCUAAAGAAAAAGUUUGCGCAUCGAAGACGUCAUGAUACGAGCUCGCCAGGUAAACUACACCUUCCAAGAUGUUGCGGGACAGCGGGAACUUUGGGCCACUUUUCUCCGAACAGCGGUGGGCACGAGCCAGUGGGAAUAGCACUAGUGUGCCGGGAAAGGGGCGGAAAACAUCACUUAAAGUGUUCAAAGGGAAAGUACCUAUCUGAAUGUUUCAUCGAAAAGGCUGAAAAUUUCGCUAUCCUGUUCGCCUGCUACAAAAUCAGAUUUAAUGAACAUUCAAUGCACGAAAUCUGGGGGGGAAGGAGCUCAUAAUCGGAUGUAUUUUUUGUUUACAGGUAGGUCGGCCAAUAACUGGGUGGCUUACAAGUUGCGGGGAGGAGGCUUAAAACGACAACGAUAUUUGUUCUGAAUUUCUUUGUGGAUCCUUUCUGGAAAUUCAAGGGAAAUUUCAAAAUUUGGGCAGGAUGCUUUUAAGGGGACCAAAGCGUAAAGCAAUUUCAAGUUCAUAUAUUGAAUCAUAUUUUAUUCAUUAGAUGUCAAUAAGGAAAACAGCAGUCCGGGCGGGUCACCAUUUGGUACCCCACCAUCUAGCCCUGUCAAGCCAGCACCGGUAAGUAUUCUGUGUCUGUUGUACUUGUUUACGAUUGGACCCUGAAAUAAGAGAGUCAAGGCUCAAAUUUAGAUUAUUAGCUUUUAGAUUAAGUAGUUCUAGAAAGUAUAGUUGACUGCCAGUAGCCUUUUUUUGUUUUUUCAUCGAACUGAGUUACUGAAUCAGGGCACGAAAUGGGCCGGAAACCGGGAGAGACCAGAGGCGAAGGCUUCGGCCCGAGCGCGCUUGUUUUGAUCGACGGCGUAAUAGAAAUGAUGGGCUACUUGUACAGAUAUGGUGUAAUAGGAGAUCCUUACUCACAGGCUACCAUGUGAUUGGGAUGCCGGCGCGAGUAAAUCUCUCCAUAUCCUCUGAGAGGAGCCGUUUUCCCUUAUUCGUGUAGUACCCGUCAAAAGGUGGGACUAAAGCUGUUCUCGAAGACUACCUCACUUCGCCCCUUCGCGUUCUUCUCCGCAUAGGCCUCCACACGUACUUCAAUUCCUUGAAAAGUGUCUGGCCUGAUUGAUGACGCAUUUUUCCAGGGAAGGGACUAACCCCAUCGCCGAACCCCCAAUCUGGAGGGCCAGGCAUUGAAUGAUCCGUCUGGCUUUUCUCCCAAAACCUGCCCAGUAUGGUUGAAUCCACCAAGGAAAUAGGUCCCACCUGGUAUAGUUUCCAGGAUCACCAAGGCACUCAAACCUGCUCCACCAUGUUAAGGAGCAACGCCUAGGGAAGUUCAAAGACUACCAAUGUUGUAGUUGCAGAAAAGGGAGAAAGCUUUACGGGCCCUGAAUGCCAGAGAUCUUCUCCCUUACCAUCCAUGCGCCCCCAAAGAGAAAAAACCCUCUGGCACCCACUGUAAAGAAGCAAGAGAAACACUCGAUAAUUCGUUCUCCAGCAAAGAAUUCUAACACAAAUCAGCAGUUAUAUUCCUAUUUUAUUUAUUUAUUUAUUUUUUCAGUUUGGACCUCACUUAUUGAAGCCAACAAACGGGAAACGUCGUUCAAGUACUGGAUUACAGAGAACAGCAACCAAACCAAGAAGUCCUUUGGUUGAAGUUUGCUGACUGAACUAAGAAUUAGA